UCAGAGCGGGUCAGCGGGCGCGGCGCUGCAAUGGAGCGGCGAGCGGCAGCCGCCAGGAGGGGAGGAAGAGGAGGAGGAAGGGAGAGAUUAGCGCGGUGCCGGCUGGCGCAGAGGCGCGGCUGAGCGCACCAGCGGGAGCCCGGGGCCCUGCGGACCGUGCGAGAGGCAGAGGCGGAAGGAGUGGAGAUGCGGCCGCUCUCCCCGCGUAGCUGAAACUCUCGGUGACCCGCCCGGGGGAGGGAGGCCGGGAAGGUCCGUCCUUCUCACUGCUCUGCAGGCGCAAAGGGUGCCUGUGCAGUCCCCUCCUCUUGGUUUUAUCCAGCCCCGGAGCUGAAGCCGCCGCCGCCGCCGCCGCCGCCCCCUAUCCCUUCCUGCGCUCUUCCCACCAUGAGCGGGGCUGUUUUCACCUUAUAAAGAUGGCGGUGUGGGAUCGCUGCAAUCUUUAGACUAAUGACUGUCAGAAACAUCGCCUCCAUCUGUAAUAUGGUUCUUCAAGAGCAGCUACACGCAAUUGCCAACUUCCCUCCAUGUGGUGCCCCAGCAUGCCUUGUGCUGGUGAUGCCACACAUAGCAUUCAUCUGCCCUGGAGAAUGGAGCCUACCUCUAGGGGCACCAAUGCCUCUGCUCUGGAAAAAGACAUUGGCCCAGAGCAGUUUCCAAUCAAUGAACACUACUUCGGAUUGGUUAAUUUUGGGAACACCUGCUACUGUAACUCUGUGCUGCAGGCAUUGUAUUUUUGCCGGCCAUUUCGGGAAAAUGUGUUAUCAUACAAGGCCCAACAGAAAAAGAAGGAAAAUCUCUUGACUUGCCUGGCCGAUCUUUUCCACAGUAUUGCUACUCAGAAGAAAAAAGUUGGAGUUAUUCCACCAAAGAAGUUCAUAUCAAGGUUACGAAAAGAGAACGAUCUCUUUGACAACUACAUGCAGCAGGAUGCACAUGAAUUCUUAAAUUACCUGCUCAACACCAUUGCAGACAUUUUGCAGGAGGAGAAGAAGCAGGAAAAGCAAAAUGGGAAACUGAAAAAUGGCAACAUGAAUGAAGCUGAAGAAAACAAUAAACAAGAACUCACCUGGGUGCAUGAGAUUUUUCAGGGAACACUGACUAACGAAACUAGAUGUUUGAACUGUGAAACCGUUAGUAGCAAAGAUGAAGAUUUUCUUGACCUUUCUGUUGAUGUGGAGCAGAACACAUCGAUUACACACUGUCUAAGAGACUUCAGUAACACAGAGACAUUAUGUAGUGAACAGAAGUACUACUGUGAAACUUGCUGCAGUAAACAAGAGGCACAGAAGAGGAUGAGAGUAAAAAAACUGCCAAUGAUUCUUGCCUUACACCUCAAGAGAUUCAAGUAUAUGGAACAGUUGCACAGGUAUACUAAGCUGUCUUAUCGUGUAGUGUUUCCUCUGGAGUUACGUCUCUUCAACACAUCUGGCGACGCCGUCAACCUAGAUCGGAUGUACGACUUGGUAGCUGUUGUUGUUCACUGUGGAAGUGGACCGAAUCGGGGACAUUAUAUUACUAUUGUGAAAAGUCAUGGAUUUUGGCUCUUGUUUGAUGAUGACAUUGUGGAGAAAAUAGAUGCUCAAGCUAUUGAAGAAUUCUAUGGUCUGACCUCUGAUAUAUCAAAAAAUUCGGAGUCUGGCUAUAUUUUAUUCUAUCAGUCAAGAGAGUGACUUGGCAAACUGUGAUAAUUGUGCACAAAGAUGCUGCACACAAAUGAAGGUGAUGGCUCCCCUGAACUGACUUUUACACAGACCACAUCUGGAAUGGUUGAACAACGAUACACUCUGUCUCCUACUAAAUGGGCUAUGUGAUAUUG